UUUACACAAACACCACACACACACACACAGCAAAUGCUUUGCUGAAAUUUUCAAAAAGGUUUUCGAGAUUUUUCACACGGGCCAGUAUUCGAUGUCCGCUGCUAACAAAAUGACGCGAACAAAUCAGCUCCAGCCCCAGCUCAAGAUCCAGGCACCCCACCGCCAGUUGCAGUUGCAAUUGUUGCUGCUUUUGUUUGGAUUGCUGAUGUUGCCCACAAUUGCUGCAGUGCCACAACAACAGCUGCUGCUAGAUACCACUCAAGUGACAGAAGUGGCACAAGUGGAACAGGAGGCAACAGUGCCAUCGCUCAACGAUCUGUCCGUUCAAUUUGCAGAUCUCAGCGCUGGCAUCAAUCUGUUUCCUGUGAGCAAUUUAAUUGCCGCUGCCGCCAAUGCUGAGCCCCCGGCCCCCGUUCAAUUUGUGCGCAUUGCGAUGAACAGUGGACUGUGAGCGCCGACCAACAGAUGGCGCUUUAUAUGUCCUUCUAUUUAAUUUAUUUCACU